UAUAAACGAAAUGCGCGGGAGUCGCGCUAAGUCAGUGUCGUCGCACGGCUGCGCGUGUGCGUCUCGCAGGCCUUUCAUGCGCAUAGACAAACGGUUUUUUUGUGAUAUUUUGUGAUUUUUGUACAUGGUAAAAAAGAAUCCAAUACAAAUACAACAAUGUUGAGAUCACCAGAAACAUGCGCCUGUCCAAUCCGCGAAAUAGGCCCCGCUAUGUCCGGAUCGUGCCCCAGCCAGUACCUACUCUUCAUGUCGAUCCUGGAAGCCUUCAUCUUCAGCCGCUGUGACCUAUCAGACCCGUGCAAAAGAAUCAACAGUCGAGAAGAACCUGAUGAGAAAUAUGACUUUAUUAUCGCAGGGGGAGGGACGGCGGGGGCGGUGGUGGCGGGCAGGCUGUCGGAGAAUCCUCAGUGGAAGGUGCUGCUGAUAGAAGCAGGUGGGGACGAGCCGACGCCCGCGUCAGUGCCUGCCUGGGUGACCGCGUACUGGGGCCGCGAGGACACCGACUGGCUGUAUUUCACCGAGCCCCAGGAGAGGGCCUGUCUCGACAACGACGGCAAGUGCUCCUGGCCCAGAGCCAAGAUGUUAGGGGGCUGUUCAGUAAUCAACGGGAUGAUGUACCAGCGCGGACACAGUGCGGACUACGAUGGGUGGGCUGUGGAAGGCGCCGAGGGCUGGUCGUGGUUCGACGUUCUACCUUACUUCCUCAAGAGUGAGGACAAUAAGGAGAUUGGGAAAGGCAUAUCUGGGCAGUACCAUAAUACCGGAGGACCUAUGCCUGUUCAAAAGUUCCGGUACGCGCCGCAGUUUGCACACGACGUGGUGUCAGCAGCCAUCGAGAUUGGCUUCCCGCCCACCGGGGACCUCAACGGAGAAACCAUCACUGGCUUCACCAUAGCACAGACUAUGCAUGACAAUGGAUCGCGCUUUAGCACAGCGCGUGGCUUUCUCCGACCAGGCUCUCACAGGGAGAAUCUCCAUGUCUUACUCAAUGCCCACGUGUCCAGGGUUAUAGUCGAUCCAGCCCUCAAGAAGGUCACGGCUGUGGAGUACAUCAAGAAUGGCGAGACCAAGACUGUGGGCGUUAAUAAAGAGGCUAUCAUAUCAGGCGGAACCAUAAACUCCCCUCAAAUCCUCAUGCUCUCCGGCAUCGGCCCCAAAGGCACCCUGGACAACUUCAAUAUCCCCACCAUCAAGGAUUUGCCCGGGGUGGGGCAGAAUCUGCAGAACCACGUGGGUGUGAACAUGGAGUUCACCUUGAGUAAGACGCCAGACGUGCCCGAGCUGGAUUGGGCGACAGCUAUGGAUUACAUGCUGAAUAGGGAGGGGCCGCUGUCGGCUACUGGCUUGUCACAGCUGACAGGUAUAGUGAACUCCCGCUACGCGUCAUCUGGCGGCCGUCACCCGGACCUGCAGUUCUUUUUCGGUGGGUACUACGCGGGCUGCAGUGAUGGCGUCACUGUCGAGCCUGAUAGCGUCCAGGAUAAGAGACAAGUCUCGAUAUCCGGUAUAAACCUGCAUCCGCGCAGCCGCGGCUACGUGUCCAUCAGGUCAAUCGACCCGCUGCAGCCGCCCGUCAUGCAGCCCAACUACUUUCUGGACGACCACGAUCUGGAUGUACUGGUCGAAGCCGGCAAAAUUGCGUACAGGCUGGCUAAUUCUACUAUUCUCCGGGAGAAAUACGGCAUGGUCCCGACAGCGGAACAUGGCGCCCAGUGCGAGGGGGGCGGGGAGAGCCCCACGGACGAGUUUUUCAAAUGUCUCGCGAGGCACCACACCGCGCCGGAGAACCACCAAGUGGGAACCUGCAAGAUGGGGCCCGCCUCCGACCCUAUGGCCGUGGUCGAUAUGCAGUUGAAAGUGCACGGGAUUGAAGGCCUCCGUGUAGUGGAUGCGUCAAUAAUGCCAAAGGUGAUUUCUGCGAAUACCGCGGCGCCGACCAUAAUGAUAGCGGAGCGGGGCGCGGAGUUCAUCCGCAGCCGCCAUCAGCUGAUGAAGAAGCCGGGAGGCCUGGAAAACAGGUUCGGCGGGGAAUCGGCUACCGUCGGACAGUACGCGAGCAAUGAAAAUGAUGGUGACAGAUGGACUUUUGGAGACUACCCAAGUAACGAAGCCAAAGACGACAAGCUGACAAAUCAAAAUAACAAAGAGAGCGGCUGGGACCACCGGUGGCAGCCGUGGGAAAAGCCUUGGUCCCACGGGGACAAGAACUGGUCCCAGGGCGACAAAAACUGGUCCCAAGGGCACAAACCCUGGAACGGGUGGACGAAGCAAAGAUAACACAUUAAUUAUAAGAAUCAACAAUAGAUAAAAUGGCCAUUGUUCAAAUAUAUUAAUUUUAAGUACGUUUAUAGAUUUGACGAUAUGUCUGAAUUUGCGGUCAGGAAAAAGCUUCUACCAGUCAGUAUAAAACAGCAUUGUAUAUCUACUGUGAUACAAUAUAUUAUAGUUGCAAAUAUAUGAAAUGAAACCAAGAUUGUGAAAAAUUGUGAAGUUUUCGCUUUCUUGAACCAUAGAUAUCGGGUCAAACAAGAAAAAAAUAGCUCAUAAAAUUUAUAAAUAUUUUUAUUAGAAAUUAAAGUUAAUUUUAAGUUAC